UAUUUGUAUCAGACACUGCCAUCAAUGUUGUUUAACUGUGCAUAUUCUAGCAAACAAUAUAAAUUGUUGGAUAUUCUUCCUUUCUAGACCUGUGUCGUGCUGCAAAUUUUACCAGCCAUGGCUUGUUCUUUGUCCACCAACAGUUUCACAUCUUUAAAACCUAUGACCAUUUUGGGUGAGAAUUUUCUCUCGCUUGGAUCCCAGUUCGCUUCUUUCCCCCAAACGAAGCCAAUUUUCUUGAAAUCCAGUUUUUCGUCUAGAAGAGUGGCCAGAAAGUUUAGCGUAAAAUCAGUGGCUGCUCCAACUGAAUCAGUUGCUGGCUUUGAUGAAAUGGUGUCUGGAACUCAACGGAAAUAUUACAUGCUCGGAGGAAAAGGAGGUGUCGGGAAAACUAGCUGUGCUGCUUCACUUGCUGUCAAGUUUGCAAACAAUGGCCAUCCUACCCUUGUGGUUUCAACUGAUCCUGCACACUCCUUGAGUGAUUCUUUUGCACAGGAUUUGGCUGGGGGGACGCUAGUGCCUGUGGUGGGUCCUUUUUCUCCACUUUUUGCCCUUGAGAUAAAUCCUGAAAAGGCAAGAGAAGAAUUUCGGAGUGCCAGCCAGAAAAAUGGUGGAACUGGAGUCAAGGACUUCAUGGAUGGCAUGGGUUUGGGUUUGAUUGCAGACCAGCUUGGAGAAUUAAAGCUUGGUGAGUUGCUGGAUACCCCUCCUCCAGGUCUUGAUGAAGCCAUUGCAAUUUCAAAGGCAUGUUAUUCAAUUUCUUGAAUCACAAGAGUACAACAUGUUCACGCGGAUAGUGUUUGAUACGGCCCCCACGGGCCACACAUUACGACUUUUGUCAUUGCCAGACUUUUUGGAUGCAUCAAUUGGGAAGAUACUGAAGCUAAAGCAGAAGAUAUCUUCAGCUACUUCAGCCAUAAAAUCUGUCUUUGGCCAGGAAGAAAACAGACAAGAUGCUGCUGACAAAUUGGAGAUACUAAGGCAAAGAAUGAUAAAAGUCAGAGAGCUUUUUCGUGAUACAAACUCUACAGAGUUUGUAAUCGUAACAAUUCCUACGGUGAUGGCAAUCAGUGAAUCAUCAAGAUUGUGUUCUUCCUUAAGGAAAGAAAGUGUUCCUGUGAAGAGGCUAGUUGUUAACCAAAUCCUUCCCCCAUCUGCCUCUGACUGCAAGUUCUGUGCAAUGAAGAGGAAGGAUCAAACUCGAGCUCUUAGCAUGAUUCGAGAUGAUCCGGAGCUUUCAGGUUUGACAAUGAUCGAGGCACCUCUUGUUGAUGUGGAAAUCAGGGGUGUUCCAGCUCUGCAGUUUUUAGGGGACGUUGUUUGGAAGUGAAUACGUGCUAAUAGUAACAGCAUUUUUGGUCUUUGUGGAGUCCUGAUUGUAGCAUAAACCAUGUAUCAGCCUAAUGUACUUUGGUGCACAACUUUGGAAUAUAAUCAGAAACGCUGACAGAAGGAACCGGACCUACAGACAAGGAAAAUAGGAUUGAACAUAUUUAACUUUAUUCAGCAUUNGUUCCUUUUAU